AUGGUCGACGACGACAACGUGCAGGCGGCCGCGCGCCGCGAGGGCUUGCAGCUCACGUACGUUUCGUGGGAAGACUGUGCGCGCUAUCAAAACAGUUGCUGGGGGCCGUGCAUCUCGGAUAUGACGCUCGUCGUCCAAGACACGUGGAUGCCCGUGCUCCGCGCGCCCAACUUUCAAGAUCCUAUCAUGAGCAUUCCGACGCGCCAGAUCAUGCUCACGGUUGGGAACGAGUCGCCGUACGAGGACGCGCCGUUGACCAAGAUCUCGCUCCAAGAGUACCUCGAGACGAUCACAAAGUACACGGAGCUCGAGCACAGCAUGUACGCGCCGCAGCACGACGACCAAGCGGUCGUGAGCACGCAAGCGUGCUUCUUGCCGAUCGAGAAGGAGGCCGAGAGCAAGACGGAGUUUCACGUUGGCUUGUUCAACUACCAGUCGCGGGCGGAUGACCCGGCCGUGCUCGUCUUGGUCUGCACGGACGCUGGCACAAGUGCUCAAGUCGUGAGCCAGCGCGACACGGCCCUCUUCUGCAACCACCACGGCUUGAAGCACUCGUUUGCAGCGGAGCGUUUGUCCCAAGACCGCGCCAAGCGAGGGGUCGACGCCGCCGAUGACGCCAUGACAGCAGACGAAGAAGCACGCAACUACGUCAUGAUUGUCCAGAUUCCACUGCAGCAAAAGCCGAGACCCCGCAGUUUCGCGCUCAAGAAGAAAUGCUCGGGCGUUCGAAUGAUGGCACGUUCCUCCGCACCAUUGAUGAUGGACGUCGAAGCUGCGAUCAUCAGCAUCAGCGACGAGGCCAAGGGCCCGUACCCCAAGCUGAGCCGCUUCAGCCACGUGCAGCGAGACACGAGGUACCCGCUCCGCGUCACGGUGCAGUUUUAUCAAGCGACGAGCAACGGGUGUGUGACACCCAACGUGGUGCGGGCACUGGCCAAGAAGAUGGCGUCGGUCAAAUCCAAUGCGACGUGGUGGGGCUCCCUCGUCACGCCCAGCGAUCCGAUUCUGUAUCCGCCAACGAACAACGGUGUCACGCCGCACAAGGACAACGAUGGCUCGGUGAGCGCUACCAAGCCCUCGUUCUGGCAGCGUAUGGCCGACUUGUUCUAA